UAUGCGAUGUUUUUCAUUUUCUAGUUGAUAAAAUUUGAUUUUUGUUGUUGAAAUUAUGGACGGGGAACGUGUGAUGCGUGGCAAUAUUCUCAUCGUCAGACAUCUACCCAGCUCACUAGAUGCUUCAGAAAAAGAAAAUCUUUUGAAGCAUUUCGGUGCAGUGAGUGUGAAAUGUAUGGCGAAUUAUGGAAGAAUGAAACACACUGCAUUUGCCAAUUUUGAGAAUCACAAUGCUGCAUCACAGGCUUUGGGUCGUCUGCAUCAGAUGAAUGUAUUGGGACAUACCUUGACUGUGCAGUUUGCGAAAACAAGGAGACAGAUUGCCAUAGGAACUCCAAGUAUUUCUGACAAAUACCAACCAAGUAUCAUCAGCAACGGAGAGGAGACGGAGAAAAAGGAUGGGAGGUCUGAAUCCAUCAGCGUGGAAGACAUGCAGACUAAGAGAAUAAUGAAGACGAUUGGCAUGGCUCCAGACUUUGGGCUCUCCCAUCCUAUAAACCCAAGGCUAAAGUACCACUACCCACCACCGACUGUCAGUAUUCUGAGUAACAUCGUCAACGCCUUAGCCUCGGUGCCCAAGUUCUACGUUCAAACGCUUCAUCUGAUGAAUAAGAUGAGUCUACCCGCACCGUUUGGUCCUCUCACUCCAGCUCCUCCUUUGGAAGAUGAUCAGAUAGUUGUCCCUCCGGAGCCUGAGGAUAAUGCCCCUGCUGAAAUGGAAGUGUCUAGCUCCAGUGAGGGAUCAGAGAUGGAGAGUGAUGAAGAGAGUAGAGAACUAUCCAAGAAGCGUCAUCUUCAGCUUGGUCACGCAGCUGUCAAACGACCGUCCAAAAAAAAGCCAGCGGCUCAACGGAAGCGCCCUCGCCUUCAGGACAUGAUUGCAACGGCUGCUGCAGCCAGGUCCAUCCCCUUGACCGACACGACCCCAGCGGUCGGUGGGGUCACCCGGAAGGAGGUGUUUGACCCAACCCAGGUGCCCAAGAAACCAGAGAUCAGGCUUGCAGAAAGUAUCACCAGUGCUGUGGAGAGACAGAUCCAACAAGGACAAAUAAGCACAGUUGAGGACACGCCCGCUCCUACAAACGCCCCUGUCACAGAAGAGAUAGGAGGCUUUGGAACUUUCCAACCCCCCCUCAAGCCAUCAGAUGCUGGGGAGGAGGACCAAGAAGAUGAGGAGGAGGAAGAGGAAGAGCAGGAGGAGGAGGGACCUGAAUCAGCUGAAUUCAUCACCAGGGAGCAACUGAAGAAGAGGCUGUCCAAAGAGGAAAUAAAGCACAUAUCUGUCUUCAAGAACUACACACCGGGCGAACCAACAACCAGACUGUACGUCAAGAACUUAGCCAAGCAAAUAGAAGAAAAGGAUUUGAAGUUUAUAUUUGGGAGAUAUGUUGACUGGACUUCACCAUUAGACAAAGAUAUGUUCAACAUACAGCUGAUGAAGCAAGGUCGUAUGAAAGGUCAAGCGUUUGUUGGUCUCCCCAGCGAGCUAGCCGCCCAGCGUGCUCUCCGAGACACCAACGGUCUGCUGGUCCACGAUAAACCUAUUGUGGUUAGCUUUGCCCGAUCAGCCAAGCCUAAGGAGAAGGAGGAUCCUAAGCAGAAGAAGAAAGAGGCUGCCAAGAAACCGCGAGAAGCAAGACGGAUAUGAAGUGUUUGGUAGAGACUCAAGAGAUAUAGAGAGAAAGCCAUUUUUUAAUAUCAGCUAGUUGAUCGGACAGAAGGAAUUGUCAAGACACCCAGGCCCGUGAGACAGACAUGAAAUAAUCUGUAUGGAGAGAACAAGCAGAUAGUAAUGUAGAGCAGCAGGAGGGAUAUGAAGUGAUAGGUGUAGAAAGAAAUCUAAGCGGUACCGACUGAUCAACAGAAGGAAAAUGAAGCUGGCAAGAAAUUCAGAGAAGCAAGAUGGAUAUGAAGCACCUUGUAUAGAGGAAAGCCUUGGUACAGACUAUUUGGACAGGGAGAUGAAAGAAGAACAUCCCAAGAGAGACCAAGUGGUAGACUCAGGUUGAUCAGUCAUAAGAAAGAACUUGCCAAGAAACCUAGAGAAGCAAGAUGGCUAUGAAGCAGUCCGUACACAUAUAGAGGGAAACCUUGGUACAGACUCAUUGACCAGAGAGAAGAAGGAACCUGCAGAGAAAUCCAGAGAAGCGAGACGGAUAUGAAGCAGUUUCGGGGGGCUUGUGAUUUAUAAACUUUGAUAUUCUUACAUCCCCAAUUAUCAUUAUCUGUGUCUUUGGUAAAAAUAAAGGACAGUAAAAUCAAACAAUCUUAAA